AUGAUUUAGCAGUAUAGCUCUGGCAGUGAAUGAAUUAAGUUCCUAACAAGCAAAAUGUUGAAAGUGCGCAGCGGUCUAUCUAUAAUUCAGGCGCAAAAAGCAGCCCUCUCUGUCAGCAGUCCGCUGCGUUGGCAGACCACAGCAGCUGUAGCAGAGCCCAGAAAUGAUGCAGAGUGGCUACAAGCUCGUCCCUUUGAUCAGACUCCUAGUAAAACUUUUCUGUCUACUCUUCGGAAUUUUAUGCCUGGAGGAAAAUAUAGCAAACUGGACAUUGUGAAAUUGUUCAAAGCUCUGCAAGACGACUAUGGAAACAUAUUAUAUUUACCAGGUAUGAUGGGAGGUACGUCAUACCUGAUGACUCACAAUCCCAAGGACUUCGAGGAAGUGUUCCGGAACGAAGGAGUGUGGCCGCAUCGGCCUGGCAGCGAUACUCUUCGCUAUCAUCGGAAGACUCAUAUAAAGGAUUUCUUCCAGGGAGUGGAGGGAGCUUUACCCACACAAGGAAAAACCUGGAGCGACUUUCGAUCGGCUGUAAAUCCUGUCCUAAUGCAGCCGAAGAACGUGCGGCUUUACUAUAAGAAGAUGUCCCAAGUGAACCAGGAGUUUGUGCAACGUAUUAAAGCACUCCGUGAUAUCGAUACCCAGGAAGCUCCAGAUGAUUUCUUAAACGUUAUAAGUCGGUGGACCCUCGAGUCAGUCUCUGUGGUGGCUCUGGACAAGCAGUUGGGACUGCUCAAAGAGUCGGGCGAUAACGACCAGGCUGUGUUACUUUUCAAGUACCUGGACGAUUUUUUUGAAUUAACAGCCGAUCUGGAGAUGAAGCCCUCCAUCUGGCGUUACGUUAAAACACCCAAGCUAAUGAAGCUAAUGAAGUCCCUAGAUGGCGUUCAAGAAAUAACUUCAGCGUAUGUAGACGAAGCUAUAGAGCGUCUAGAGAAAGAGGCCAAGGAGGGUGUUGUCCGCCCUGAGAGCGAGCAGAGCGUACUGGAAAAGCUGCUCAAGAUCGACAAAAAGGUGGCGAUGGUUAUGGCCAUGGACAUGCUAAUGGCCGGAGUGGAUACCACCUCAAGUACCUUUACAGCGGCCUUGCUGUGCCUUGCCAAGAAUCCGGAGAAGCAGGCCGUACUCCGAGAAGAGGUGAUGAAGGUUCUACCCGAGAAGGACUCCGAAUUCACUGAGGCAUCGAUGAAGAACUUCCCUAUCUACGUGCCUGCAUCAAAGAGUCACAACGGAUCUAUCCUUUGGUCAUCGGCAAUGGCCGAUUUCUCAAUCGGGACAGCGUUUUGAGCG